CCUUCGGGCGCUUCUUCCGGGUGGGGCCCCGGGCCGAGGCUAUGGCGCCCUGGGCGCUCCUCAGCCCUGGGGUCCUGGUGCGGACCGGGCACACCGUGCUGACCUGGGGAAUCACGCUGGUUCUCUUCCUGCACGAUACCGAGCUGCGGCAAUGGGAAGAACAGGGGGAGCUGCUCCUGCCCCUCACCUUCCUGCUGCUUGUGCUGGGCUCCCUGCUGCUCUAUCUGGCUGUGUCGCUUAUGGACCCGGGCUAUGUGAAUGUCCAGCCCCAGCCCCAGGAGGAAGUCAAGGAAGAGCAGACAGCCAUGGUUCCUCAGGCCAUCCCCCUGCGGCGCUGCAGACACUGCAUGGUGCUGCAGCCCCUCCGGGCCCGACACUGCCGUGAGUGCCGUCGCUGUGUCCGCCGCUACGACCACCACUGCCCCUGGAUGGAGAACUGUGUGGGGGAGCGCAACCAUCCGCUCUUCGUGGCCUACCUGGCACUGCAGCUGGUGGUGCUUCUGUGGGGCCUGCACCUGGCAUGCUCUGGGCACCAUCCCCAUUCUGCCCCGCAGGUCUGGCCUCCAGUUCUCCCAGCCCUGGGGGCUAUGGCUGCGGUCCAGCGGGCUCCUGUUCGCCACCUUCCUGCUGCUCUCCCUCUUCUCGUUGGUGGCCAGCCUGCUCCUGACCUCGCACCUCUACCUGGUGGCCAGCAACACCACCACUUGGGAAUUCAUCUCCUCGCACCGCAUUGCCUACCUCCGCCAGCGCCCCGGCAACCCCUUCGACCGCGGCCUGACCCGCAACCUGGCCCACUUCUUCUGUGGAUGGCCCUCAAGGUCCUGGGAGACCCUCCGGGCCGAGGAGGAGGAGGAAGAGGAGGGCAGCAGCCAGGCUGUUUAGGGUCGCAGGAGGCAGGGCCACCCUUUCAGGCCUGAAAACUGGAAGGGCCGAGCCCGAGGGCCUGGCGGUCCUCACUUCUGUCCACCCCUCCCUGGCCUCAGAGCAGAGUGAACAGAGCCCCUGCCUCAGUGGGCAGUUCUGCCUCCAAAGACAGAAGGCGAGAAGGAGCACCUGUGGGAGGCCGGGGCACCAACACCUCAGGCUUCUGGGACCACCCCACCCCCCAAACCAGAAUGCCUCCAGUGCACAGUUUUAUAAAUUUAAUAAUCCACAAAGCAAGUCAAGUAUUAAAAACCAAACCAAACUA